CUUUGCCCCGUCCGGCCGAGGAGACGUCCCGCUUGCGCGGCGGGGCGCGCUCCGCCCGUCCCCCCGCCAGCCCCCGGGGUCCGGCCGGCGGUGCCAGGCGGGGGACAUGGCGGGACGUGUCCACGGUGAGACCCUCGCUGUGCCGUGGGCUUGGGGAAACGAGCGCCGCAGUCCCGGCCGUCGUCUCCACCGCCGCGAGACAUCAUUCGCCGCAACAAGCGGCAGCCGGUUCCCACCGCGGCUCGGCCUUCGCACCGGCCCCGGUAAAGCCGCGGGGACGCUGCGCCCGUAGCUGAGCUGAAACGUCGGCCCGGGACUUCGUCGCAGCAGCGUCAAGGAGUUCCUCCGAGCGCGAGGCGUCGAGACGUCCCUCUCCCCCAGCAGCCGUGUGCGUACAGUGAUGAGGCGCGCAGGAGGCGCCGGGGACCGUUUGACAUCCUGCUAACCGGACUUCGCGGUGAACCCGUCGCAGCUGCGCGGCCCAAGAUGGGUCAGAGGGUCUUUUGCCUCGUUCGUUUUGAUGAGCUCGGUGCUCAAAAGUUGCCAGGCGGACGUUACCGAGCGAGUGAGCUUCGUAUACUCGCUUUCUUUGCCCGGGCCGCAGAUCCUGGUCGACACGUGGGGAAUACCAGCCCUCUUUUCCCCCAAACUUUCAGGAAUGUGGACAAGGCGAUGGAGCAAGGAGGAGCGCUUCUGCAAUGUGCCGGCGUUGAGAGAGACCCUUUGCGCAGCCAUGAGCUGCCUGGAAGUGUCCUGAGAAAUCAUCACAGUGAUUAGAGGAAUAAAUGGGAAGGGAAACCUCUCUUCGUCCCUCUCCGUCGCUCUCCCCUACUUCCCUGCCAGGGUAGCGGCCGCCGGAGGUGUUAUCUCUGCCGGUGCUCUGGACAGACACAUAAUCCCCUUCCGCUUGAAAACAGCCCCGUGGUCGCUGUGUCUUUUAACAGAGUCCCUGAAAAUUUUCGACCUUGCAAUCAGGGACAGGGACCCCUGAGUCUUGUUAAGAUGGCAAACACAAAAGCGUAAGCGAUUAAUUAGUCGGCGGUUGCGUUCCUCGAUUCUGCCGAAGAAGCGGCGAUUUGGGGCAAGUCGGAAGCGGCUCGGAUGCCAGCCAGGUUGGUGGGCAAGAGAGCGGCUUUCAGCAUCAUCACGGGGGGGGCUUUCAAAACCCAACACGACCGCUGUGAGUCGGGCAGGCAGUCGGAGCAUACAGCGUGGCCAGGGGCAGGAGCAGCUGCAUCUGGGAUAAACGCCAUCCUUGAUCUGGAGGUGGCCUUUCAUACCUCGGGGCCAUGCUGUUGGCUUCCUUCUGCCAAGCUGACGGUACAAUUUUAAGUGUCGGACCACAGCUUUCGCCUUCAAGAGAAAUCAUCUUCCGUUGGAUGGCGACGACUGCAGUCCGCAACAUUUCUUCCCUUCUGGAGCCGUUGCAGCCUGGUCUCGCUUCCUAGCCCGUCGCUUUGCCCUGCCUGGCUUGGCCUCACCACGGCCACCCAUUAAUGUAUGGGAUGUGUCAUCGUGGUGCUUCACGUGCAACAUGGUCGAAGCGGAGGUCUGAGAGCAGGUUGCUGGCUCUGCCUGGUCCUUCUGGUCCCUUCUCUGUCCAAAUAUGCCGUCACCUUUAGAUUGGUCUUCAUCGCUGCCGUCUUCAUGGUGAUUUUCAACCUGGGCCAGCUUCCCUUUCCCCUUGAUGUCAUGCUGCUUCUCAGUUUUGAGUCUUUCCCCAUCCUCGCUGAUCUGAAGGUGUCCAUGAUGGGUUUGCAUCAUUAAUAUAAGCUCAUUUUACUCUUUAUUUCACUGCAUGGUCUUCACUGACAUGUUUCCCAAUCAAUUUGUCCACACCUGACGAUUAUACUCAGUCCUUAGUUACAACAGCAGCCUUCCUCUUUGAGUCGUGUUGGACACGUUUCCUUGCUGGCCUCCCAACAGCGCAGUGAGGGAGGUACAGUCCACGGGCAAGUUGUUGCCUCAGGGAACGGGAGACAGAUCGGGCAAGUCGCUCGCGGCUGCAGAACGUGAGGUUGGACCCUGCCGUCCUCAUGCAGCCAGGGCUGCUUACUCCGCAGACCUUGAUUUAUAGAGUAUUUUUAUACUUUGUUGCAUCCCGUUGGUCCCCAACGAAGGGACAGUUCCUCUUCUCUUGGGUAUAAGCCAUCUCCUCCGUGCUAAAGCACUGAAACGGGGUACCUAGAGAGGUGGUGGACUCUCCAUCCUUGGAGGUUUUGAAGACCCAGCUAGACAAAGCCUUGGCUGGGAUAGUCUAGUUGGGGCUGGUCCUGCUUGGAGCAGGGGGUUGGACCAGAUGUGACCUCCCGAUGUCCCUUCAACCCUCAUUUUCUGUGAUUGUAUGCUAAAAUCUAGGUAUGACUCCAAAAUAAAGCCUCUCCUAAGCCUUGCCAUCUCUUUUCUUCUUUUAUCCUGCCAUAAACCCCUCCUUUCUAGCACAUGCAGCUUCUGGGCUGGCUCCACAAGCCGACAGCGUGGUCUCUAGUGGGGCUGCAUCGUUGCUUUAUAAUCAGACACUGGGGGAUGGCGAAUUGCAAUACACCUUGCCUGCUCCACUGGAGACUCCAGACAUUUUUUUGUUGUCGCUGUUCCUCAUAGAUGAAGGAAAGAAACCCAAGGAUGCUUCAAACUCGUAUGUCGGUACCUCCUGCUGUAGCCUAGGCCAUCAGUCGUAAAAAUAACAGUGAUUUUUAUUUCUGCAGUCUUCGGGGAACCUGGCAGGCACGUUUUUAAGACUGUUGUUCGAAGGCAGGAGUCCGAGUCCUGGUCAGAAAGUCCCGUGAGACUGCGAACAUCCAUUUUGCUUUAUCCAUGGUGGGAUUUUUGUCUCCUUUUGAUUUUUAACCUUUACUUUCUUAUCUUACUCUGGCAUGAGUUACUGGAUGGUGGUAAGUCCCAUUCUGUGACGAGGAGUCAGCGCAGCUCGGUUCUUCAAAAGAUCCGGGUCUUAAUAUGUGCUAAUUAAAAGAGAACGCUGCCACUUUUGGAGCCGCCGCUGCAAUUAUCUUCCACACUAGGGUGCCUUCAGUCCACAGGACUGGGGCAGGAGUUGUUAUCCACUUGCUCCCUCCUUUGACUGAACUCAAGUCAACAGCAUGUCCACGUGCGUCAAGCCGAGGAGCAGCAGAUGGUCUGGAUUGUCAUCCAGACUGCAGCUCCUGUCGCUGCCUGAACUUCCGAUUGAGCGUUGGGCGCCAGAAAGCAGGUGCCCACGCUUUUAUCCACCUGUCCCAUCUUGUUCCCAUCCCGCGUUUGCCGCUUGCAGUCGCAUCAAAUUUCCUUGUGGCCUGCUCAGCUGUUAAAGCAGCUCUUGAUCGUCCUGGGGCUUUUCAAGGCAGAUAGUUUUAAAUUCCACCUCCCCUGCCGGGAUCAGAGUGGACAGAAUCGCCACCUUAAAAUAAAAUGUACCGUUUGUCUUUAGAGUAAUUUUGUAGCAGCCAAAAAUCAUCCUCUUGGAGGGCAGGGUAUGUCCUGAGGAUUUGGGGUCUUAACUUCUGAGAGCAUGGAGGUUGGUGUGAUGGAGGCAGUUCCUCUAAGGGGAAGCUGGUCUAGAUGGAGGAGAGAAAGCCUUAAAGGUCCAUGAGAUAUAUGUACAGUGGGUCCCUCUUCUGCCCACGGCAGCCCUUUCGACUGCCCUUUGCAACUUGUGUCUUUUGGGUUUUAAUUUAAAUGAAUUGCAUGCAGGAGCUGGCAGCGCAUUGUGUUGUUGCAAAGGGAUUUCUUAUCCAACUUCUUUUCUCUUUGAAGGCCUCGGUCGGCAGGCAGAGUCCACGGGUGGUGCCGUACCCAGCCCACAACCUAUGUCCCGGAGAGCCUGGCCUCCAGACUGCAGCAGUUGUGUCCAUGGGCUCAGCUGACCACCGAUUCAACCUUGCCGAGAUCCUUUCACAGAACUAUGGUGUACGAGAAGAGAGGGAUGAGGAAGAAGAUACACAGGAGAAAGAGAAGUCUUUAGAGGAGCUGGAAAAGAGCUUCAGCCCCUCUCAGGUACACACUGCAAGGGAGGAGAAGGGGACUUGUCUGCCAACUGUUUUGUCCUCCUUGACAGUAUUGAAAGCACAGAGCUCCACUGAGGGACAUGAACCAGCACUGGUGGAUCCACUGGAGAGCAGUGAAAUGCCAUUCGAGGAGCUGCUUGCACUUUAUGGCUAUGAGGCAUCUGAUCCCAUCUCGGAGCAGGACAGCGAGAGCAAUGGGAUCUCUCCUCACCUGCCAGACAUGACCCUCGAUAAGGAACAAAUAGCGAAGGAUUUGCUUUCAGGGGAAGAAGAGGAGGAGACGCAGUCCUCGGCCGACGACCUGACUCCAUCCGUCACGUCCCACGAUGCCUCGGACCUUUUCCCAAACCAGCCUGGCUCCAACAACUUCCUUGCCGAUGAAGACAAGGAGCCCUGCUCUUCCCCGUGCGCUUCCUCCAUGGCAGAGGAUUCAGAAGAGGACUCCAUCCCAUCCAACGAGUGUAAGAAGGAGAUCAUGGUCGGUCCUCAGUACCAGGCUGCAGUCCCCAUCCUCCAUUUACAAAGGCACAGUGAAAAAGUCUACGAGAACGAAGAUCAGUUGCUGUGGGACCCCAACAUCCUGCCCGAGAGGGAGGUGGAAGAGUUCCUGUACCGAGCGGUGAAGCGGCAGUGGGACGAGCUGGCCAGCAUCAGCCUGCCCGAAGGAGAGAUGGUGAAGGACAACGAGCAGGCUCUGUAUGAGCUGGUGAAAUGCAACUUCAAUGCGGAAGAGGCUCUGCGGAGGUUACGCUUCAACGUGAAGGUCAUCAGAGAUGAGCUCUGUGCCUGGAGCGAAGAGGAGUGCAGGAACUUCGAGCACGGCUUCCGGGUCCACGGGAAGAAUUUCCAUCUCAUCCAAGCGAACAAGGUGCGCACCCGGUCGGUGGGCGAGUGCGUGGAGUACUACUACAUGUGGAAAAAGUCGGAGCGCUACGACUACUUCACGCAGCAGACUCGCUUCGGAAGGAAGAAGUACGUCCUCCACCCUGGAGCCACGGACUAUGCAGAGAACGACUUGGACGGAGGCGAGGUGGAGAACGCUGGCCGGGCCCGGAGCUCGCCGCCCAUUCCCUCUGCUACCAGCUGCCUGGACUCCCACUUCAGCCAGGACCCCCUGGCCAUCGAGAGCACAGAGCCCCUGAGCGUGGAGAGUGCAGCCUGCAGCCUGGGCAGCACGAGCGAGUCGGGCCAGGGCUACGAGUGCAGCACGCCCUCAGAGACAAACUGUUCCUUCGACCCUGCCGAGGAGCCAGCCUCGAGCACGCGGUGCCCCGGGACCCCCUCAGAGACGGGGAUCUACCCGCUGCCCCCGGCAGGCCCGGACCCGGCGGACAAAGCAGAGACAUUGCAGAGCUCCGGCGAGACGAUAGCCAUGGACUUCACACUCCCCGCAGACAUGGGCGAAGGCUUGCCUUUAAUCGCUGGCCGCGUGGAUUUGGGCACAGCCCCCGAGGCAGUGGUGGCCCCAGCUCAGGUGUCCUUAUCGGUCACGGAUUUCAGCAUCAUUGGCAUCGGGGAUGUGAAUAGCUUCCUAGCAGCCCACCAGGCCUGCCCAGCGCCCAUGGCCCAGUCAGAGCCAUUGUCGCAGUGAGCCUCCGCUCACAAGCAUGUCACAGAUGGAGCUGGGACCUGGACCUCACCGAGUGAAUUCCUUGGACCUCUCUGUUUCACGGGGACACUUGAGAGCCAUCGGUCAGAAUCCGUCUUUCCAUCCUCCGUGAUCCACAACCAGACACCUCUUUGCUCUCGUGCUCGUCAACAGGGGAGGUUUUAGUGGGGGAGUCGGUGACCCCCCCUCCCUGCCCAUGCAUCGCCACGGGCAGCACUAUGCUGGUCAGACAGCCCCUGCCCUCCAGGCAGAGGAGGGGGCUGUCGCAACAGGGGACACAUCGUGGGCAUUUUGGGGGUGUCACUGGAGCUGCAGGCGCGCAGGAAGCAAGCACAGGCAGAGCGGGGGCCGUCUGGCUGCCGGGCCGGGCGCUGGUCCCAAAGGCAGUCCCUGCCGCGUUCUGUGUUGCAAUAGAAGUGCUUCUCUCUCCCCAUCCUUCCCGAUGGCAGGACCUUGCCUGUUGGUCUGUUGGUCCCGGCAGCAGGCGUGCGUGUCCAGCUGUUUGUCCAGCCCCCACACUACCAGGGCCAGAUGAGGCAUAGCCUGUCCCUACCCACUGUGGGGAAGGCCUCAGUCCAUUAUCAGGGGCAGUUGUACAUUGCCCAGUUCACCUCCCUUCCAGUACUUACUGGGGCCUGUGCUGUGGAGAACCUGGAUCCAGGGAUAAAGCUGGGCUGCUAACAAGAGGAGUCUGUAGACAGACUGCUGGAGUCACACUAACCCAGUGCUUGUGAGCCUAUUGCUGCAGUGGACAGCACAGCCGGCCCCGUGGAAGGGUUAAACUGAGACAAGCAGCCUGCAGAUGUGCCCAGGUGGCUCCAAACUGGUCUGUCUGGGAAGAAAGCAAGGGAAAGGGCUGGGAAAGGGGGUGCAGUGAUUGAGUCGGCUCUUGCUCUGCCUGUCCAAGGGUUUAAAGUUGAGUAGAAGAGACGGGGCAGGGGGCACGGCCUCUGCGCACAUAGCGUGUGCCCCAUCCUGUGCCAGGCGUGUCAAACCCAGGCGCUUCUCUAAGGUGAAACCGGGGUGCACACCCAUGCACCUCGAGUACGGAGCGCCCAGCCCUGGCAGGAUGCCUUGUGUGCCUGGGCAUCUCUGCCCCUGCGUGCCAGCAUGUGCACGUGCCGCAGGCAGGGAGGCUCAGCCGUGGGGCAUCGAUGCUGGCAAACCCUGCACUGAUUCCUGGCACGGGACCUGGGCUGGAGCCUGCCUCAGCCCCAGGGCUCCCGAAUGUGACAAGGAAACUCUGAUGUCCUAAGAGAAAGGGAUGUGUUUGCUGCCAGGGCCUUGCCAAGGUGGCAGGGACUCCGGGCCCUGUGCAGAGUGCCAAACUGACCCAGGUGCCUGGCGUGGGGAGCCCAGGUCCGGGGUGUGCUGCUGGCUAAAGCCUCUUCUCCACUUCCUUGUGAGCACCCUCUCCACCCUCAGCCAGGGACUGCUGCCUCCCCACCUGCCGUGCGGGCCUCCAACCCGAUCCCCCCGCUGCUCUCCCUGCACACGGGUUUCUUAAUCGCUGCCUUCAGGUCUCGGCCUGGAGCCAGCCUUGCUCUGAUGGAUUUAAAUGCAGUGACACGCAAGGGGCCCGGAUCUAUCUCCACGCGAGGAGGGGGGCACAAAAGGCGCCGAGUCGCAGCGUGUUUGAUGCCCAGCUGGGCGUCAAGUCAGACCCUGUCUCCUAUCUCAAACCCCGCAGCUCUGCAUAGGGCCGGGGCACGACUCAGCUGAGGGACGUCACACUCCAAACCCAGCCGACUGCAUUGGCCGGACGUCGGGUUGUGAGACCCACCAGCGUCCAAGGCCGGGAGUAGGAAGCAAAGGUCCUGCCCUGAGCCCGGACCCUCUCUCCAGAGCCUUCCCUUGCUGAAGGGAGACAGGGCAAGCAACCGGGACGGGGCACACGGGGUACCCCGGUGCCCUCCCAGGUGGGUGCAGUGGCCCACAGCUCCUCCGCCCGCAGCUCUUCCUCCGGUUCGGUUUGUCUCGUGCCCCAGCGCGGCGGGGAGACAUCUCUUAUUUAUAUCCUUCCAUGUUGUUUACAGCUGCACGUGGGGCUGGAUCGGGAGCGCGGCAGGGGCAGGCGGGACGGGGGGGGGUCGGUCAUCAUUCCUGUCCUUCUCCUACAAAGCACAUUUUGUCUCCAGCCGCGCCCCCCGGGAGGCCCCACACUGUGAAGUGAUACUGCCUUGAAUACCCCUCGCCGUUAUUUAUUUAAUUAAAAACCUGAUUUCAAAGCAGA